AUGUCGGAAAGCGCCGACGCACCGGCUUCCAGCAACGGCACCGACCAGGAAGGAACGGGCAGCUCCCCCUCCUCCACGGACUCAUCCCCCGACUCCAGUGGCCGGGGCGGAGGUGCCUCUGAGGAGCCCUUUCGGAUCGUCGUGUUCGACCAGGAAAACUUCCAGGGCCAGCAGAGAGAAUUCAGCGGCGAGUGCCUGGACCUGGGCGGCCAGGGGUUUGAGCGGGUGCGCAGCGUCAUCGUGACCUCUGGCCCCUGGGUUGCCUUCGAGCAGGCCAACCUGCGCGGCGAGAUGUUCGUGCUGGAGAAGGGCGAGUACCCGCGGUGGGACACCUGGUCGUGCAGCUGCCGCAGCGACUGCCUCCGCUCCAUGCGGCCGGUCCGAAUGGAGGCGCAGGAGCAGAAAAUCCUUCUCUUUGAAAGUGCCAAGUUCAAGGGGAACAAGAUGGAAAUCCAGGAGGACGAUGUGCCAAGCCUUUGGGUGCACGGAUUCUGUGGCCGCGUGGGGAGCGUGAAAGUUCCCAGUGGAAUCUGGGUGGGCUACCAGUAUCCUGGCUACCGGGGCUACCAGUAUCUCUUCGAGAGAGGAGACUUCGGGCACUGGAAUGAAUGGUCGGCCUUCCAGCCACAGAUCCAGUCCAUCCGGCGUGUCCGGGACAUGCAGUGGGGGCCGCCGGGCGCCUGCUUCGCCCCCGAGAGCCCCCCCAGCUGA